ACAGACUUCAACUACGAGACCAUCUUGUCUACCUGAAGAAACAUGACGCAUUUGGGAGGCAUAUUGGGAUAAGCCUGACGUGAAAGCUAAAUCUGAACAACAACGCAAGAAUAAGAUGAGUGAGGUGGCAGGACCUGGUACGAGAUGUUCUCAACAUACCGGAGGAUCUAGAUCAGAUAUUAAGCACUAUCACAAAUUGGAAGAAAUACAAACACGACAUGAUGCUGCAACGCAAGAGGCUGAAGGGUCAACUGAGCCGCCAAUUAUAAACAUGUCACAACUGUAUAUGGAUGUUGUUGGUGGGAUAAAGAAACAAUGUAUUUAUGGCAUAGGUAGUAAGGAAUCCUCAUUUAUCAAAGAGAAUAGUUGUAGUUUAUCUGCUACUUCACAACUUCAUCAAGAUGCAAUGAAGGAGAUGGUGACCCAACAAUUAGAGACCAUGCGAGUUGAGAUGCAGGCUCAACUACUCAUAUGCAAGCUCAACUAG